UCCGACGCGUCGAAAAUGAGACAUAUGCAUCGAUGUGUCUGACGCUUCACACCGUCGGGCGUCUCGAGCGGAUAUGACGUCGUCUGCGCUAUUUGACGUCAAAGGCAAAGUCGUGGUCAUCACGGGUGGAGGAACCGGCAUAGGACGAUGGCUAGCUGAGGGAUUCGCGGAGAAUGGCGCAAGGAAGAGGUCGAGGGGGAGUAUGGAGGACACGUCUCCGUGGGGACGUUUCGACCAAAGAUGGCGUCCUCCGCUUAGUCGAACAGAUCACCGAGAAGGAGCAGAGGGUCGAUGUCUUGAUCAAUAAUGCUGCGAUUCAACGACCCUGGAAGGAUCCCAUCAGCAACCAUCUUGAUCCGGACUCUAUCGAGAGACUCGUAUGGGAAGGGGUUGACGACGAUGAUUGGGAGAAGACCCAUUCGGUCAACGUGAACGGUGUCUACUUCAUGACGGCUGGCCUGGUUCCUCUUUUACGCAAAUCUGAGGAUCCCAGUGUCAUUGUCAUUUCUUCGAUAGCGGCCAUAGCCAAUCAGAGACCCGUCUCGACAUUGACGUAUGGGGUAUCAAAGGCUGCUGCCUGAAGAUCCGAGUCAAUACUAUUCUCCCAGGGACGUUCCCAACGGAAAUCACUGCCAGACGUGAUGAGAAUGGUGAACUCAAACUCCUCCCUGCUGCGGAAAAGGUAGCAAAGAGGACACCGUUAGGUCGCGCGGGUAC